AUGAAAUCUGACACUGCCCAAAACACAUUAACUAAAAGAAAAUUAUCUGUACCACCCCCACCUUCUUCUUCUUCCUCGUCUACUUCUUCAACCACAAAUAUAAGUAUAAAUGAUGAGAACGAUGAACCGACACUAGAUCAUUGUACUCCAGUAACUACCCCUUUGAAAAGGAGAUUGCAAACUUUAAUAGUAGCAUGCCAUCUUACUUCAUUCGUAUUAUUCUCCAUAUUCGUUCUUUUCAUCAUUUCAGCUCCAAUUUUUUGGGGUAUGUUAAUACCAUAUCUAAUAUAUUUCACUUUCGAUAGAUCUCCCGCAAAUGGUAACGUAGUCAAAAGAUAUUCUCUUUGGUUCAGAUCUCUUCCUAUUUGGAAAUACUAUAUCUCAUAUUUCCCCAUUACAUUAGCUAAAACUUGCGAUCUAAAGCCUACUUUCAACAAAGAUACAGGUAAAGCCGAGGGACCUAGAUACAUCUUCGGUUACCACCCUCACGGAAUUGCUGCAUUGGGUGCUUUUGGUGCUUUUGCAACCGAGGCUUUGGGCUGGAAUGAAAAAUUCCCAGGAAUCCCAGUCUGUUUAAUGACCCUAGUAACACAAUUCAUUAUACCGUUUUAUAGAGAUUACCUAUUAGCAUUGGGUAUCACUUCUGUAUCAAGAAAAAACUCCUUAAAGGUACUAAGUAAUAAUUAUUCAAUUUGUAUCGUAGUGGGUGGAGCCAGAGAGUCAUUAUUAAGUUCUUCCGAUUCCACAGAAUUAAUUCUUAAUAAGAGGAGAGGUUUUGUUAAACUGGCUCUCGAAACAGGUAAUGUAUCAUUGGUACCUGUAUUUGCAUUCGGUGAAGAUAAAUGUUACAAGAUUUUAAGGACACCUGAUAACUCAGUUCUUAGAAAAGUUCAGUUCUGGGUUAAAGAAAAUUUCGGUUUCACUAUUCCUUUAUUUUAUGCAAGAGGUCUUUUCAACUAUGAUUUUGGUUUAUUACCAUUCAGACAUCCAAUUCAUGUAGUUACUGGUAAACCAAUUUAUGUGGAGGAAAAAAUAGAACAUCCGUCAGAUGAAAUCAUAGAUCAUUAUCAUUCUCUAUAUAUUGAGGAAUUAAAGAACUUGUACUACGAGAAUAGGGAAAAAUAUCAUGCAGGUAACACCGAAUUGAAAAUAGUAGGUUAA